CGUAAAGACCACCAAAGAAAUUGAAGACGGCGAAGAAGAAAGGCGUCACUCUUCAAAACAAAACUUAAAGUUCAGUCAUUCUUGUCCUUUGUCCAAACAGAAAUGUCUCGAAACAACCCAAACAAAGACAGCCAGACGCCGGACGCCAAAAAGUCCAUCUCUCUCCCGGUGUCCCGGGUCAGACUGAUCAUGAAGAGCUCUCCGGAUGUCUCCAGCAUCAACCAAGACGCGCUGUUCCUCACCACCAAGGCUACUGAGCUGUUUGUGCAGCAUCUGGCCCUGUCCUCCUUCAACAACGGCUCCGGGAAGGACAGCAACACCCUGGAAUACAGCGACCUAGCUAAAACCACCGAGGAGAACGAGACCUUCCACUUCCUCACAGAUAUUUUGCCGAAGAAGAUCUUGGCUCGAGAUUACCUCAAGACUUUGGAGCAGAUGCAAGAAGAAGAAGAAGAAGAAGCUGAUCUUUGACAUGAAAGCCACUUUCCCUGAGAAACAAACACCGUCUCCAUGGUCUGCACGGUUUCUCUGACCUUCUGGUGGUCCGAGAGGAUCCCCUGGACUUCCUGUCUGGCCUGGUGGUUGUACGAAACCCCCGCGUCCCCCACUCCGCUCAAAGUGGACACGGCCUGCAGGGCGGCCCUGUUCUGCAGAGCCAGCAGACGGGACUUGGCAAACUCCUCCGGCUCUGCCACGUUUUCCCAGCAGACUGGAGGGUGAGGCGGUAACCAGAAACGCUGUGUGCAGUUGACUCCUUGUCCUGGGGAGUUUAUCACAAAGGGGCUGUCGGCUGGGAGCAGGUGCAGCAGAGACGAUCCAGAACCCAGCUCCCAGUCCUCAAAGUCUGCUUCCCCAGAUUGUUGCUCCGAGGGGACCGUAGGAGCUGCUGAGUCUGCAUCCUCAGGAGAGCAAAAACCCAGAAGGAGGCAGCAGGAGAAACGCAACCAGAACAUCUCCAACGAUCCUGAAACUAAGAUGAAGAUGUUGUCUAAAGGAAAGACAGAACAAACGACAAAGAGCUGAGGUUUGAGUUUUCCACAGGCCAGCAGGAACAUGCAUGAGUGAAGGAUCAUUUACUACCAACUGUUGCCAUGCACCUUCAAAAUAAAAGCCCCAAAGGUGUUGAGACAAACCAGACUUAAAGCAGUUUUUAUCUAGGCUGAUCUAUUUACUCACUAAAGACUUCAAAUUGAAAAGAAAUCCAGCUAAAGCUCACCUGUUUCCUAAACACUUAAAACAAUUCCAGUUACAGGAAUCAGCGUUGGUGUUCAGAAAUGAUCUUACCUUUUAGAAAGGCGGCAGAGCAGUGUGUGUGUGUGUGUGAGUGUGUGUGUGUAAAAGAGCUCAUCUGGAGCCUGGAGCUGUUGGAAAGAAUGA